AUGCGGUUUCGUGCCAAGAUCACCAGCAGGGACUUUAUUGAGCUGUUCAUCCAGGUGAGUGUCACCGUGGGGAGGCUGGCGAAGGUCUGCGUGCUCCGCGUGUCGGAAGACAAGCUGUGCUUCAGCCCCGCAGGCCCCAUGGCCACCGGCGAGGCGCAGCUGUGGUGCGAGGUGCGGCGGGGCGUCUUCGGCCAGUUCCACAUGCAGGGCGUGUCCCAGGAGCUCCGCGAGAUCUAUCUGGAGCUGAAGGCCGACCUGUGGUCCCGCGCGGCGCGGAGCGCCGUGAAAGCCACCUCGCUGAAGCUCCAGCUGACCAACAAGCACUGCCCCUGCCUCACGCUGUCGGUGGAGCUGUUGUCGGUGUCCGGCAGCGUCCGCAAGGCCGUCCACGAUGUCCCGGUCCGCGUGCUUCCCAUACGAUGGUGGGCAGAGUGUCCCGAGCCCGUCCUUCAUGCUCCGGAGAUGAGCGUGUGUCUGCCUGCCUCGAAGACCCUGAAGAACAUCGUGGAAAAGAUGGCACACAUGAGCAGUCACGUGCUGGUGGAAGCAAAUUGGCACGGCAGCAUGAACUUGAGUGUGGAGACGGAUACCGUUUGUGUGCAGAGUCAUUUUAACCAUCUUGAUAAUCCUCCCAAGCCUGCCCCGGAUACACCUCGAGGAGACGAAGACGCAGAGCGCAUGGUGCAAGUGCGGGUAGAUAGUAAGAAGCUGCUGCAGUUUUUCGAGGGACAGCAGAUCCAUCCCACAAGCAUCCUCUGCAAUAUUUUGAGCAACGCGCUUCAUCUUGUGGUGGUUCAUGAAAAUGUCUCUCUUCACUAUUUCAUUCCUGCCGUGUAG